CAUGACAUCACUUCAGCUAUUACAGCUAACCAAACUUGGUCAAGAUCUCUUGACCUCAAGAAGGAAAUCCUUAUUUCUUGUAACUGGUGUUUUUGCUGCUGGAGGAAUGGCUGCAUAUGUGCAAUCAAGGCACUAUGAUAUAAAUUCUAAUCCUUUUAGUAUCUGUUAUUGGCUUCCGAAUAAGAAUAAACAAGAAUUGGAGGUGGAGGAUGUUAAUGAUAACAAGUUAAAGCAAAGCAAGCGGAAAAGGAAGAACGGAUUGAAAUCAGUUAGAGUUUUAGCUGCCAUUCUUGUAUCUCACAUAGGCCAGAUGGGUGCAAGAGACCUUCUAGCCUUAGUGGGCAUUGUGGUACUACGAACAGUUUUAAGCAAUAGGCUGGCAAAAGUGCAGGGGUUUCUAUUCCGUGCUGCAUUUCUUCAACGCUUUUCGACGUUUUCCCUUCUGAUUCUCGAAAAUCUUGCGCUAUGUUUUCUUCAGUCGACCUUGCUUUCUACAUCCAAGUACUUAACAGGUUCCUUAAGUUUGCGCUUCAGAAAGAUUUUGACAAGAGUCGUCCAUGCACGUUAUUUUCAGAAUAUGGUGUAUUACAAAAUUACUCGCGUUGAUGGUCGGAUAACUAAUCCGGAGCAAAGAAUUGCAAGUGAUAUUCCAAGCUUUUGUUCAGAGUUCAGUGACCUUCUUCAAGAUGACCUUGCAGCAGCUACUGAUUGUUUGAUGUACUCAUGGCGUCUGUGUUCAUAUGCCAGCCCAAAAUAUAUUUUCUGGAUGUUGGGCUAUAUAAUUACAGCAGGGGGAUUAAUGAAAAAGAUUUCUCCUUCCUUUGGGAAGCUUACCUCCAAAGGACAACAGCUGGAAGGGGAGUAUAGGCAGCUACACACAAGAUUGAGGAACCAUGCAGAGAGCAUAGCCUUUUAUGGGGGUGAAGUUAGAGAAGAAACUCACAUUCAGGGAAAAUUUAGGAAUCUUGUUGAGCACAUAAGAGUUGUUCUUCAUGACCAUUGGUGGUUUGGGAUGGUCCAGGAUUUCUUUUUCAAGUACCUUGGUGCUACUGUAGCUGUCAUACUGAUAAUUGAGCCUUUCUUUGCUGGUCAUUUAAGACCUGACAAUUCAACCUUGGGACGAGCAGAGAUGUUGAGCAAUCUAAGAUACCAUACAAGCGUUGUCAUAUCACUGUUUCAAUCACUUGGAAUGCUUUUUACGAGUUCAAAAAGACUUAAUCAACUAAGUGGAUAUGCUGAUCGUAUUCGUGAGCUCAUGGUUAUAUCUAGAGAGCUGAGUGUUCAAGAUGCUCCCUCUCUACUUAGAAAGGGAAAUAAGAAAGUUGUUAGUGAAGCAAAUUAUAUUGAAUUCAAUGAAGUCAAGGUUGUUACUCCGACUGGUAACGUUCUAGUGGAGGAUUUGACUCUAAAAGUUGAAUUAGGUUCCAAUCUUUUGAUUACAGGCCCAAAUGGGAGCGGAAAAAGCUCACUUUUCAGAGUUUUAGGAGGACUCUGGCCUAUGGUGUCCGGCAACAUAGUGAAACCAGGAAUUGGCUCUGAUCUCAACAAAGAAAUUUUCUACGUGCCACAACGACCAUAUACAACUGUUGGAACACUUCGUGAUCAGUUAAUUUAUCCUCUUAGUGCAGAUCAAGAGUUUGAGCAACUGACACAUGGUGAGAUGGUGAAACUACUAAAAAAGGUUGAUCUUGAGUACCUGCUUGAUCGUUACCCAUCUGAAAAGGAGGUAAAUUGGGGGGAUGAGUUAUCUCUAGGAGAACAACAACGGUUGGGCAUGGCCAGACUAUUCUAUCACAAACCAAAAUUUGCUAUCCUUGAUGAAUGCACCAGUGCUGUGACAAAUGAUAUGGAGGAACGAUUUUGUGCCAAAGUACGAGCCAUGGGGACCUCUUGCAUUACUAUAUCUCAUCGUCCUGCAAUGGUUGCCUUUCAUGAAGUGGUUUUGUCAUUGGAUGGUGAAGGGGGCUGGAAUAUUCAUGAGAAGAGAGGGGUUUCUCCUAUUCUUAGCAACACUGGAUUCAGGACACUGAAAUUAUUAGAGACAGACCGCCACAAUGAUGCAGUGACAGUAGAACUUGCAUUCUCUAAUGGUGAGAAGGAUUCAGCUUCCCCCGUUUCAAAGUCAAGAGCUUACAUGACAGAAUUGAUAUCUUCAUCUCCCAUGAUGGAUCAUGAUGUUCCAUUAACUGUAACUCCACAGUUCCAAACAUCUGUGAAGCUUCUGCCACUGAGAAUAGCUUCCAUGGUUAAGGUUUUGGUGCCUACAAUGCACCGCACAGAGGGGAUGCAAUUGCUAGCACUUGUUGCGCUUGUGAUGUCAAGAACUUGGAUAUCUGAUCGCACCGCUUCUCUAAAUGGGACAUCUGUAAAAUAUGUUCUGCGGCAAGAUAGUAAUGCAUUCAUUCGACUGGUUGCUGUUAGUAUCGCCCAGAGUAUGGCAUCUUCUUUCAUUGCACCUUCUUUGAGGUACUUGACAGCCAAUAUUUCUCUUGGUUGGAGGAUUCAUUUAACUCAACAUUUUCUGAAGACUUACUUAAAAAAUCAUGCUUAUUACAAGGUCCUUCACAUGUCAAGCAAACAAAUAGAUGCAGAUCAAAGGAUAACUCAAGAUCUACAGAAAUUGACCUUGGACUUGUCAGGGCUUGUAAGUGGAAUGGUAAAGCCAUCAGUUGACAUUUUGUGGUUCACUUGGAGAAUGAAGUUGUUGACUGGUAACAGGGGACUUGCCAUCUUAUAUGCUUAUAUGUUAUUAGGUCUAGGUUUUCUGAGGAGUGUUGCUCCUGAUUUCGGCGAACUCGUCAGUGAAGAACAACAACUUGAAGGAACAUAUAGGUUCAUGCAUGAGAGGUUGCAGGCACAUGCUGAAUCUGUUGCUUUCUUUGGUGGUGGUGCUCGAGAGAAAAUGGUGAUAGAUUCAAGAUUUAAAGAACUUAUUAAUCAUUCUAUAUCACUACUCAAGAGGAAAUGGCUCUUCAAUAUACUAGAUGACUUCAUAACUAAGCAACUGCCACAUAAUGUCACUUGGGGUUUGAGCUUCUUGUAUGCUAUGGAACACAAAGGGGACAAAUCAUUGACUUCCACCCAAGGUGAAUUGGCACAUGCUUUGCUAUUUUUAUCAUCUAUUGUGUCACAAAGCUUUUUGGCUUUUGGUGACAUCCUUGGACUGCAUAGAAAGGUCCUUGAGCUUUCUGGAGGUAUCAGUAGAAUUUUUGAGCUGGAAGAGCUUUUUGACAUUUCACAAAAAGGUACUCCAGUUUGUGGUACUGUAACAUGUACAAAGUCGGAUGAAAUAAUUUCCUUCUUGGAGGCAGACAUAACUAGUCCAUGCAGAAAAGUAUUGGCUAGGAAAUUAACUUGCGAUAUAGAACCUGGGAAAAGCUUACUUGUGACUGGGCCAAAUGGAAGCGGAAAAAGCUCUGUUUUCAGAGUCCUGCGAGGGCUUUGGGGAAAUAAUGUAAGCGGGAAAGUAAAGAAACCUAGCGAAGGAAUUGAUGGAGAAGGCAAGUGUGGUGUUUUCUACAUUCCUCAACGGCCAUAUACAUGCUUAGGAACCUUGAGGGAUCAAGUUAUUUAUCCACUUUCCUGCAAGGAAGCAGUGGAUAAUGUUGUUAAGGGAAAAGGUGCAUUGGAUGAGAAGAGUAAGAUGCUUGAUGUGCAGUUGAGAAGCAUCCUUGAGAAUGUAAAACUAGUGUAUCUAUUGGAUCGAGAAGGCGGAUUUGAUGUUACUAAGAACUGGGAAGAUAUCUUAUCUCUAGGAGAGCAACAGAGAUUAGGCAUGGCACGGUUGUUUUUCCACAAACCCAAGUUUGGCAUCCUUGACGAGUGCACCAAUGCCACAAGUGUUGAUGUUGAGGAACAGCUUUACCAGCUUGCAUGUGAUAUGGGCAUCACUGUUUUGACUUCUUCACAGCGCCCUGCUCUGUUAGCAUUUCAUUCAAAAGAGUUGAGAUUGAUAGAUGGGGAGGGUCAAUGGGAGCUUCAUUCUAUUCACUCUACCAAAUAGUACUACUAAUAGUGUUAUUAUUGUCUUAAUUCCUUUUAUUGAGCUAAUUAAUUAUAGCACAGUUUCAUUCGUUCUUCAUUUUGAUUGUCCCUGUAGUUUUACAAUUGUCACUGUAUAUGUGCUAGAUAGUUUCAUUUUGUCAUGUUUAUGAUGCUCCUUUUCUUAAUGUUGUAUGUAUUGUGUUUUGUCAUUUUAGGCUCCUAAUUAUAGGAUAUGUGCUUUAUUGUGUUUGGUGGAUUAUUUUAUU